ACUGCGAGGAUGUGGUCUUGUAUUACCGACUUCUUCACGUAUGAAACCACAAAGUCUGUGGUCGUGAAGAGCUGGACCAUCGGCAUCAUCAACCGCGUCGUCCAACUCCUCAUCAUCACCUACUUUAUCGGGUGGGUGUUUGUCUAUGAGAAGGCCUACCAGAUAAGGGACACAGCUGUUGAAUCUUCAGUGAUGACCAAAGUGAAAGGUUUUGGAGUCUACAACAACAAAUUGAUGGACGUGGCAGACUACGUCACUCCUACUCAGGGAGCUUCAGUCUUCUGUAUCAUCACCAAAAUGAUCACGACAGAAAACCAGGUCCAAGGAUAUUGCCCUGAGAGUGAGCAGAAGUACAAUUGUUCUCAGGAAAAAGAUUGCACAAAGUUUCGCAACAGGUCGGGAAGUUAUGGAAUUCUCACAGGGAGAUGUGUUGCUUUCAACAAGACAAACAAGAUGUGUGAGAUCAAAGGAUGGUGUCCUGCCGAGAUCGACACCAUCAAGACAAUGCCAAUGAUGGAAGUGGAGAAUUUCACCAUUUUCAUUAAGAACAGCAUCCGCUUCCCAACCUUCAACUACACCAAAGGGAACUUUCUUCCUAACAUCACUAACUCGUACAUCCAGAAUUGUAGAUUUGACAUGGUCAACAACACGUACUGCCCCAUCUUCAGAGUCGGAGAUGUGGUACGCUACGCACAGCAGAACUUCACCAAACUGGCAGAUAAGGGAGGAGUGAUUGGAAUAAAGAUCGGCUGGAUAUGUGAUCUGGACAAGUCAGAUGACGAGUGUAACCCCUCCUACUCGUUCACCCGACUGGAUGCCAUGUCAACCAAGAACGAUGUCUCACCUGGCUACAAUUUCAGGUUCGCUAAAUACUUUAAAAUGGAAAAUGGGACAGAUUACCGCAGUCUGGUCAAAGCCUACGCUAUUAGGUUUGAUGUUCUGGUCAAUGGAAAUGCAGGGAAGUUCAACAUGAUCCCGACACUCAUCAACAUGGUCGCAGCCUUCACAUCAGUGGGAGUGGGCACAGUGCUGUGUGACAUCAUACUGCUGAACUUCCUGAAAGGAGCCGAGCAGUACAAGGCCAAGAAGUUUGAAGAGGUGUCGGACAGCCCGCUGCACAAUGGAAACGGCUUGUACCGCUCACAGCUGUCGCUUAGACAUAACGAGGCCAUCAUGAGGUCCAGCGACUCGGGAGCGUUUUCUAUUGAACAAUACACCUAAAGCAGCGACUGAGGAAGACAAAUGUGGGUCCACGGUUCUCUGAA